AAUCACUAUACAAUAAUAUAUAUCACUAUAUUUUAUAUUUAUUGUUAUUUUAAAUAUUCUCAAAAUGGAUUCAAAUUUACCUCAAAACUUUUCUAUUAUUUGUGGUGAUUUGUGCAAUAUUUUGUAUGUGAAAGAAUAUGAUAAAUCUACAGUGAAUUCUCUUAUUGAUGAACUUAAUUCCAAGCCAUAUAAAGCGCAGUUGUUUGUCCGUAAGCAUGAUGCCACCGCACUAGUAACAGCAUUAUGUGUUAACAUAAAACCUGUAGAUGAGUAUUUAGCAACAAAAACAUCACAUUUAAUCAACAGUAUACUCACUAAACAAAGUUUGCAGUUUGACAGUGACUACUUGUGGAAAGUGAUAUCUUGGCACAUAAGUUGUAUUAAAAAAUGUUCCGAUAUUAUAUUACCGGACAUUCUUCAUAACAUGCAAUGUAUUUUACAAAUUAAUCCUCAAGCCGGUCAAAAGUUCAUAGAAGAUUUACUAGGUCUUGAUGGGGUCUUGAGUAAUUUAAUAGACAUUGGUAGAAGUUCCACUGUGACCACCCAAAAUCCACUACAGAUCUAUCUUAUUACAUUCAAAUGUAUAUCAUGUUUAGUUACAACAGAUGAUAAUAAAAUAGAUCAAACUAAGUCAAUACCAUUAAUAGUGAAGGAAAGGAUCUCACAACUUGUAAUUAAGUUUUUAAUGGAAUACUCAAUGAAGUCACGGGAUGAAUUUUUAUAUUGCAAAGUAGUAAUAUCAGCUUUAAGGAUACUAUCUCAACUUUAUUUCAAUGAGCACCAGUUAACAAUUCCAUUACCAGAAGUAAUGGGAAUAUGCCAUCAUUUUGUUUUACAUGGACUUGUUACUCAAAACCGAACACCACAGAGGUUAAUGCCAGCACAGCAGACUAUAGCAACAGUACCAGUGAAAGUAAACCCAAAAGGAGGAAAGAAACAAAAAAUAAGGAAACAAAGAAAUAAUGCCAUUGAAAGCUUAAAGAAGGAGAUACCAGUAUCUGAUAGAAGUUUAAUGAAAGAUGUUGAUAAUUUUGAAAAUAAUUCUGCUUAUAAACCUGCAAGCAUGAACUAUUUAGAACCUCAAAAAUCUAAGCAUUGCUGGAUUUUGACAAGCGACUCUGAUAUGUCAGAUAUGGAAAACACAAGGGAAGCUAAGCUAAUUGCUUUGAAAUCUAGAGUGAGACAGAGUGCCUCAAAUUUACUAUUAGUUUUAAUUAAGAUAACAGAAAAGAAAGAUGUAUUUGGCUAUUGGUGGGCACUUCUGCCAGAUUCACCUGACUCUCUCAAUUGGUCUACUGACGAGUCAGCUAAGAAGAGCCUAGCUUACUGUGCUGUCACAGAUCCCAUCGCCAAUAGUCGAGCAAGUGUACUAAGUGUUAUAUUAGCACUAUUAUCUGGUUCUAGGAUGUUUCUAUCACAAGCAGAGACAAGCAAAAAAGAGAAUACUUCGUUUAUCCCAUUUUCUGUAUCUCUCGGAUACGUAAUUACCUGUAUGCAUCAAGUUCUAGUCAGUAUAUUGGACAGUGAGAGGAGUCAUGCGGUCAUCAUUGUGGCCUUAAAGUGUUGCGCCGCACUAGUACAGGCGACGGCCUAUCAUAAAAUGAGAGAAGGACUUAUCAGUGAUUUAGUUAGAUCUACCAGAAAAUUUCUGGUACAUAGAGAUGUAACAUUACAAGUUGGAGCAUUAAUAACCAUGGGAUGUGUAUUAUCAGUGGAUCCAAAAGUUGAUGAAAUUCAAAAGUCAGUACAAAAAGACAUAGUGCCUUCAAAAAACGUAGAUGUAGUAGAAAAAGAUAAUAAUAUAGAUAGUGAAGUAUGUGAUGAUUUCGAAGAAGGUUACUCUGAUGAUGAGAUUAUUCCCACUAGUCAUCCAAUUACUCCAAAAUGUGAUAAAGGAAGAGAGUUAGAGAAUCUGUAUUGUUGUACUAGUUGGAUAUUAGAUAUAUGUUUCAAGAAUAUGGGUUGGAUAUUUAGAGGAAACCAAGUAAUGAGAUGUAAAACGCCCGCUAUACCGAUAGUACUGGAAUCUCUACAAGUACUUUCGGCGAUUUCGUUCCACCAUUUCUCUGAGCUACUUGUACCCCAUCUGUCUCUGUUGGCGGACAUUUUGUGCGAGAUGUUGCAACAUGAACAUCAAGAUGUGGUGCUGCAAGCGGCCAGAACCACAAGCAUAAUCGGAGAUGCUAUUCAGAAGUUAGAACAGUUAGAUCAGUCGCCGCCUCUGAAUCAAUGCGUGAGCUUUUGGGAGAAACUCCUCACGCCGCUGUCGUUGGUGCUGCAGAAUCAUGAGAACCCACCCGCAAAGACUGUAGUGUGUGACUGCAUUGCUAAUAUAGGAGAGAGGUCAUUCAAGGAAUUGCCGAGUCGCACGCAAAUGGUAUGCUGUACGCUGCUGGUAGGAUCCUGUGGUGACGAAGAGGCUGCUGUACGUGCUGCCGCCGUCCGUGCCCUUGCUAUGACGGUCGUCUAUCGUACACUUAGGGAGGACAUUUGCUUUGUGAGUGAUUGUGGUGAGAAUAUUGUACGCGCGCUGGCGGAACCAACACUGGUGGUGCGUACUAAGGCUGCUUGGGCCCUUGGAAAUCUCAGCGACGCCCUCGUUUUGAAUAUGGAGGAGCCAGAUAUAGACGAUAUAGAUGAUCAUUUGUUGCGUCGGCUUCUAGAGGUCAGCAUUCAAUGUGCCGCCGAUAACGAUAAGAUUAAAAUGAGUGCUACGCGUGGGCUUGGUAACUUUUUGCGAUUAAUAAAAACUGAACAUUUGGUCCGUAGCCCUCAAAUUAAGAUUUUAUGUGAGACGGCUUUAGAGAAGCUUUUAGAUUGCGCAUGCAAAGUGAACAAUAUGAAAGUGCGUUGGAACGCCUGUUACGCAUUGGGCAACGCCAUGAAGAAUGAUUAUUUGUUCACAUGCUUCACUGGUUGGCAGCGUCAGGUAUUUUCGAGUUUAUGUGGACUAGCUCAAGACUGCAAGAAUCUAAAAGUGCGCAUCAAUGCUGCGGUGGCACUGCGGGCGCCUAAUACUCGAGCGCAGUACGGGCCGCAAUUCGCCUCAGUAUGGAGUGCGGUCAUGGCUGCCAUGGAUAAUGCUGCUAAUGUUGAUGAUUUUACUGAAUAUCAGCAUAAGGAUAAUCUCAUCGAACAGUUAUGUAUCACCCUCGCGCACAUGUGCUGUAUCCUCACGAAGUCUGAUCUGACAGAUAUCCUGGAUCCUCUGGUAUUCCAUCAUGAAUGUGCGAAGAGUUUGUACACACAGCUGUGUCAUAAGCUGCCGCCAGAAAAUGCAUCCUGUUUGAAGAUAUUGCAAGCUGCUAAAUAUGUGACAGUCGAUUUGACAGCAAGUGGGAAUACACAGCAGCAAUCAUUGGGAAUGCUUCAAGACAUUUUUAUAUGGGACAUGUAGCGUUCAUAAAUAUUUUAAACAUGUACUUUAAUUUAUAAGAGUUAAUAAUAGAUUGCUAUUUUUU